AUGACGAAGGGUUUUCCAUCAACCACAUUGGGAUUGGUUCUACUGCGAUUUGGUGAAGCACCGUGGGAGGAAGGAUUGAGUGUGAUCAACGACUUUCGUGGAGGUGAGACAAAGGAUUUUGAAUCUGCAGCGAUGAAGUGGUUUUGUUUUUUUGUUUUGCAUACUUUCGGUCCGGGUCCGGGUCAGAUGUUUUGGGCUCAGUGGCAUGAACGGUGUGAUGUGGAGAGUGGUGAGCAGAGGCACUUCGUUGAUUUUCCAUUCGAAGAAACGGAGUGCUCUCUCCGUCCCUGUUCGUGCGUUUUCUGCUCCUACCGGUCUCUAUGGCUUCCCUCAUUUGAAGACCGCAAAAGGCUUUCAAUCCUUCGUCGACGAAGCCAUUCAAAGCCAGCUGCUGAAGUGAUGCGAGCAAUGGAUGAGAUUUCUGACACUGUAUGCUCUGUUGUUGACUCUGCUGAAUUGUGUAGGCAUACCCACCCUGACAGGUUCUCUUCUUGUUACCAUUAUUAUUAUUAUUAUUAG